AUGGCUGACGAUGGCAUGCUAUUGAAUUUUGAACUUGGAAGCGGGCCCAUCAAGCCCCAAGUCAAGUUCAAAGGCGGACGCUGGCGAGACAGAAAACAGGCCGAACGAGGCGCUCGAGGUCCCCGUCCAGACGGCGGCCCGCCCUCGCGACCCCCCAGAGACCGCCUCGAUGAGCCCAGUCGACCUUUUAAACGCCGCAGAGCCGACACAGAUGACAAUUUUGGCGACGACUACCGACCAAGGACCCGACCUAGCCAUAUCAAAAUCGAUCACGGUGGCGCGGGGAGCAGGCCGCCGCCUUUUGACAACCGCCGACAUGGACACGGCGGCGGCGGCAAGAGCACAAAGCAGGUCGUCUCCAGUCUCUUCAGCUUCAACCCUGAGCAAAAAACAGUUUUUGAGGACGAGGAAUGGACGGCCCCGACGCCCACCAAUGCGCCGCUCGCCGACGUGGCCAACUUUGGUACUCUCACAAUCUCUUCCCGCUUGGUCGAGGAGCUUGGCAAGAUGAACCUGGAGCGGCCAACUGCCAUCCAGCAGAAAGUCAUCCCGCAUAUGCUUACCAGCAGCGGCGACGCAUUCGUGCAGGCCGAGACAGGUUCCGGUAAAACAUUUUCAUAUCUCUUGCCCAUUCUUCACCGUGUGCUGCAGCUCAGCGCGCAAAACGACGGCAAGCAGAUUCACCGCGACUCUGGCAUCUUUGCCAUUCUGAUAGCACCGACCCGAGAGCUGGCCAAGCAGACACAUACAGUUCUCGAACAGCUCAUCAGGCCUUUUCCCUGGCUCGUCUCGACGGCCAUUACUGGAGGCGAGUCAAAAAAGGCAGAAAAGGCACGCAUCCGCAAGGGCAUCAACUUCCUGGUCGCCACCCCGGGUAGAUUGGCAGACCAUAUAGACAAUACAAAGGCCUUGAAUCUCGGCACGGUUCGAUGGCUUGUUCUUGACGAAGGCGAUCGGCUGAUGGAUCUCGGUUUCGAGGACGACCUGAAAAAGGUUAUCGACGCUCUCCGUGAGAUUGAGAUAGCCAAUGAGACGACCAACGGGACACCGCUGGCGGCGCUUCCUGACCGUCGCGUCACUAUUCUGUGCUCAGCUACCAUGAAGAUGAAUGUGCAGAAGCUGGGCGAGCUAAGUUUGGCAGAUGCUGUCUUCCUGUCCGCCGAAAAGGGUGAAAUGACAGCCGACGAGAACAUUGAGCACAAGGCGCCUGCGCAGCUUCACCAAACACACGUCAUUGUACCGGCAAAGCUUCGCUUGGUCACGCUUGUUUGCUAUCUCAAGUCCCUCUUCUCUCGCAAAGGACAUACCAUGAAGGUCAUCAUCUUCAUGUCCUGCGCCGACGCCGUUGAUUUUCACUUUGAACUGUUUCGGGACCCAAAGGACGCAGAAGCGCCGCCGGCAGAGCCAAAGGAUGUGGAAUUAGUCUCCAAGACUGUUGCCAGAGCAGCAUACGUCACGUCCGCGGCCAGUCCCGAAGUCGUUCUACACAGAAUGCACGGCUCUCUGUCUCAACCCAUCCGAUCAGCCACACUGCGCACGUUCUCCGCUUGCAAGUCGCCUUCAGUAUUGAUCACAACCGACGUGUCUUCUCGAGGUCUCGAUAUCCCCUCAGUGGACCUCGUCAUCGAAUACGACCCUGCCUUCAGCUUUGCCGACCACAUCCACCGCAUCGGCCGGACCGCGCGCGCCGGUCGCGCGGGCGAGGCCGUGCUCUUCCUACUCCCUGGCUCCGAGGAAGGCUACGUUGAGCUCCUCAAGGCCUCGGGCGCGCCAACCGCGCAAUCCUACGAGGCCAUCCUCAAGACGGGCCUCAUGUCCAAGCUCGAGUUUCCCGUCGAGACGGCCGCCCAGCUGACUGAGGGCCAGACGUAUCACGACAAAGCCGAGACGAUGCAGCUGCACUUUGAGCAGCGCCUGCUGGAGGACCCUCGGCGCCUCGAGCUGGCCCGCAAUGGCUUCAAGUCUCACAUACGCGCCUACGCGACGCACAUCAAGGAGGAGCGCGUCCACUUUGACAUUGCGGAGCUGCACCUCGGCCACACCGCAAAGAGCUACGCCCUGCGCGAGCCGCCGCGCGGCGUGGGCGCUGGCGUCGACAGGAAAGUGCGCAAGGGCGCCAAGGGCGCCAAGGGAUCCAGGGGUGGUGCGACGGCUGCCAAGGAUGACGACAAGGAGCAGCAGGUCGAUCAAGGCGCGGCCAGGAAUGUAUUAAGGAAGAAGGGCAUGAUGCUGAUGACGGGUGCGGACGAGUUCAACAUUGGUUAG